AUGGCCGUAGCCAACGUCGGACAUUCUAGAGGGGUUGGGUUUUGGGAGAAGUGGGCUGUGCUACUCUGUUUACUCUUCCCUACUGCACUCAGCUCCGUCCUCAUCGUUGCGCAUUUACAACGAUGGACUGUAAAUGGCUCCUGGUACGAGUCUUCCUUCGCGACAAUCACUUCGAAGCGCGCUGCCAUCCAAUCAUGUAUACAGCUCAUUGCGGCUCUCCUCGCCCUCAUCCAUACUUCGGCGGUUGCCAUUCUCAUCCAACAUGGCACCAGGCUGGCUUUUUUUCAAACCAGCGGGUCAACAACGCAAACACUCAAAGGUCUAAUGUGCCUUGGAAUCCCAAGAAUCCGGUGGGAUAUCCGACUUCGAUUCCUCCUGCCGACUCUGGCCUUCUCUUGUCUGGGUUUGAUAUCCUCGGCGCUAUGGGUCGGUGCCAUGACGCCGGUUAGCGGGACCAUCGUCGUACAGGAGACCAUUCGAGUUCCUUCUUUCAAGAACACAUCACUCAUUAAAGAGUAUCCUUCGGAGAUUUCGCGCGCGGGGCCGUCUGUGACAACGCGACAAGGUCUCUUUACUUACUCUGUUGGGGUUAAGCUCUUGGGAAGUCUCAUCGCGUCUGGAGCAUCCGCCACAACGCCUGAUGGCUCGGUACGAAAGCAUCCCAAGAUCGAUAACACACAAUACAUCUACGAGGGCCGCUCUUACGGCGUUGGAUCAUCCGUCGGUAUUCAGGAUUCGGCUAUCAGUAACAGGACUUCGGCAAUAAAAUACUCUUUCCAGGAGGACGGUUACAUACCGCAAGUUCAGUGCUCUUAUAACAAUAGCAUGGACUUUCAAAUCCGAAAACAAUUCCCUCAAAGAAUCUUCCCCGUCACUGGAUGGGUUCCAGAUAGCGUCGGGGGCUCUCAAUUCUCAGAGUAUGUCGGACACAGCCCUGAUGCUAUCGUAGCAGUUGGAGUUGCACACAGCGACAAAUCCCCCCGCAGGUACAUCUCUAUUGCCGCUGGCAAGAGCUACCUCGCACUGAACGCCACGCAAUGCACUGUCGAUUAUAACCCCACUCGCUUCAACGUGUCGGUUGGCAUCAGGGGUAGAAACAUUACCGUUGUUCCUUUUGCCGACAUUGAUGACAUCGAUCCUCAGCGCAACAUGACGCGGACGGUUGUGAGACAAUUUGAGCUCAUCUCCAAUGACCUAACCAACUUUUACGAGUCCAUUUUGGGCAACGCCUUUCUAUCCAGUAUCACCGCCUGGAACAUGUCCUCGAACGAAAACGACACAUUUACGGAAAGAGAGGCAACCCUGCGUGGCCUCGAGAACUCCAUUACGGCCAUGACAGAGUCAAUGUUGGCCGCUUAUGGCGCGGCACAGUUGAUGGUUGGCAACUUCUCUGAGACGAAAGAAGCAGACGUCACGAUUGGUGUCUUUGUCAUCGGAGAAAAGGUUUAUGUUGUGGCCGUUGCAGUACUAAACGCGUUAGUCCUUCUUGGUGUCCUCGUGGAGACUGUGCGAACGAGGGGAUGGAAGGGCCUCUCCCCUUUUGACUUUUCGGAUCCCGACUGGUUGAUCACCGCUUCGUUCCGAGGCGGUGUGUUGUCAUCAAAGUCUCAAAGAAGUAAUGAUGAGCUUUGGGCUGCACGAGGCGUCAAAACAACAGUCUUCUCUUCCUAUUCCCCCAUAGGAGAAAGUUAUUCAAAAGACGAAACCUACGUAGAAGUAGUCGCCACAGGCGAUAAUAACUGUGAAGUUGCUUUAGUUAUGCGCAACGACGGAAACCUACGGCAUGAUAUCUAG